AUGAGUUCAUUUUGCUCACACCAGACUGACUGGACAGAACCUCCCUUCUCUUCAACGGGAUAUUAUGUCAACACUGUUGAGAUCCGUACAGGUUUACAGCACCAAAUAAUCUGGCCCUGUCAGCCCAGCUGUGUUCCUUUGGAUGAAAAACUCCUGCCCCAGCUCCUAAAAGAAGCAGGUUAUACUACCCAUAUGGUCGGAAAAUGGCAUCUGGGAAUGUACCGGAAAGAAUGCCUUCCAACCCGCCGAGGAUUUGAUACCUACUUUGGAUAUCUCCUGGGUAGUGAAGAUUAUUAUUCCCAUGAGCGCUGUACAUUAAUUGAUGCUCUGAAUGUCACACGAUGUGCUCUUGAUUUUCGAGAUGGCGAAGAAGUUGCAACAGGAUAUAAAAAUAUGUAUUCAACAAACAUAUUCACCAAAAGGGCUACAGCCCUCAUAACUAACCAUCCACCAGAGAAGCCUCUGUUUCUCUACCUUGCUCUCCAGUCUGUGCAUGAGCCCCUUCAGGUCCCUGAGGAAUACCUAAAGCCAUAUGACUUUAUCCAAGACAAGAACAGGCAUCACUAUGCAGGAAUGGUGUCCCUUAUGGAUGAAGCAGUAGGAAAUGUCACUGCAGCCUUAAAAAGCAGUGGGCUCUGGAACAACACGGUGUUCAUCUUUUCUACAGAUAACGGAGGGCAGACUUUGGCAGGGGGUAAUAACUGGCCCCUUCGAGGAAGAAAAUGGAGCCUGUGGGAAGGAGGCGUCCGAGGGGUGGGCUUUGUGGCAAGCCCCUUGCUAAAGCAGAAGGGCGUGAAGAACCGGGAGCUCAUCCACAUCUCUGACUGGCUGCCAACACUCGUGAAGCUGGCCGGAGGACACACCAAUGGCACCAAGCCUCUGGAUGGCUUCGACGUGUGGAAAACCAUCAGUGAAGGAAGCCCAUCCCCCAGAAUGGAGCUGCUGCAUAAUAUCGACCCGAACUUCGUGGACUCUUCGCCGUGUCCUGGGAACAGCAUGGCUCCAGCAAAGGAUAGCUCUUCUCUUCCAGAAUAUUCAGCCUUUAACACAUCUGUCCAUGCUGCAAUUAGACAUGGAAAUUGGAAACUCCUCACGGGCUACCCAGGCUGUGGUUACUGGUUCCCUCCACCGUCUCAAUACAAUGUUUCUGAGAUACCCUCAUCAGACCCACCAACCAAGACCCUCUGGCUCUUUGAUAUUGAUCGGGACCCUGAAGAAAGACAUGACCUGUCCAGAGAAUAUCCUCACAUCGUCACAAAGCUCCUGUCCCGCCUACAGUUCUACCAUAAACACUCAGUGCCCGUGUACUUCCCUGCACAGGACCCCCGCUGUGACCCCAAGGCCACUGGGGUGUGGGGCCCUUGGAUGUAGGAUUUCAGGGAGGCUCGAAAACCUUUCAAUUGGAAGUUGGACCUCAGACCUUUCCUCAUGACUCUUGUCUCAUUUGUUAUCCCAACCUGAGUUCACUUGGCCCUUCUCUUGCUCUUAAACCACACCGAGGUGUCUAAUUUCAACCCCUAAUGCAUUUAAGAAGCUGAUAAAAUCUGCAACACUCCUGCUGUUGGCUGGAGCAUGUGUCUAGAGGUGGGGGUGGCUGGGUUUAUCCCACUUUUCUAAGCUGUGGGACAGCUGGGAACUUAACUUGAAAUAGGAAGUUCUCACUGAGUCCUGGAGGCUGGAACAGCUGGCUCUUUUAGCCUCACAAGUCAGACGUUCGAUUCCUGUCUGCCAAUAGCCGGUUUUAUUGGAGUGAAUCACAUUUCUUACACAAAUGAAGGCAGCAGACCAUUAUUAAUGGUUCUGUUGGCCAAGGCUUCUCCCUGUCGGUGAAGGAUCAUGUUCAGGCACUCCAUGUGAACCACCCCUCUUGGUUCGCCCCUUACUCAGCUUCUCUCAUCACAGAGCAUAAAGCCCAUCUUGUUGUUCAGGUCAACAGCAAAAUGCUUCCACCUUGAUUGUGGCUUUUACAAUAAAGAAAUGUGUUUUUAUCCUAAUUUAUUUUUCCCCAGCCAUUGCUCACUCUGUCUAGACUUCUGCCACUUCCAGUUCUUCUGUGGCUUUUCCUGCCCUUCCUUUUGACCUCACUGUCCUAUCCCUGGGAAGGCCACUUUGCUUCACUACCUAAGCACCCCUGAUUUCUGGAAUGCUCCUGAGCCCUGCCUUACUUUUGCCGCUAGGGCUGAAGCUAGAGGCCUCCCUGUAAUAGGCGGUGGAGUUGCUCUGUGAGGAUGUUCAUGGUAGACACUAAGAGGGCUGGGUGGUAGAUGCUUGGCUCAUGGCAUCUGUUCAGUGAGGCUUUUCCUAUGUUGCAUGGAGUUAGUCAUCGUGAUUGUGGCUUUAUCUCAUAAUGUAUUAAGACUUGCACUGCUAUUUACUAGCAGUGAGAAGAAAUCUCAGGAAACAAUAUGAAAAAGCAAGUGGCCAGUGUCUGGGAUACUGGGUCUUGGUAAAGCAGAGGAGGGCACACCCACAGUCCUCUUUUUCUCUGUUUUACUGCUUGUAUUGAGGUUCUGGGGUCUGGGAAAGAGGAUGCACAGUUUGACCUGCAGCUCUUUCUCAAUCCCACUAAUGUCUUACUAAUGUGGAACAGCCCAUAGUAGCUCAAGAGUGUCAAACCCAGAUAAAUAUGUGCAAAAAUGAUAUUCUUUUCUGCAUUCGCCCCACCAUUUUGUUCACCAAUGCUUGGAACACUGCCUGAAGGCACUCAAUACAUUUUUUAAGUUUUAUUUUAUUUUUAAUUUUUUGUAUCUUUUUGAGACAGGAUCUCACUCUGUCACCCAGGUUGGAGUACAGUGGUACAGUCACAACUCCCUGAAGCCUCGAACUCCUGGGCUCAAGUGAUUCUCCCACCUCAGGCACCCAAAUAGCUGGGACUACAGGCAUAUACCACCACACCCAGCUAAUUUUAUUUUUCGAAAAGACAAGGUUCCCUAUGUUGCCCAGCUGGUCUUAAACUCCUGGGCUCCAGCAAUUCUCCCAUCUUGGCCUCCCAAAGUGCUGGGAUUACAGGCAUGAGCCACCAUGCCUGGCCUCAUUUUUUAAAACAAAUGAAUAAACGGACAAAUGAGUAAAUGAGAAAGUCUCACACCAUGAAAGAUGCUAGUCCAAUGAGCUGAAUAUGGAGGUAAUAUAAAUGUCUUCCAACUGUUGAUUUUCGGUUCUCAAACUGCCCCUCCUGGGGUAGGAGCAUAAUCUACAUCACUGGGCAGUCACAGGACACUCUACAGCAAGGUUGUAGCGUCCUCUCCAGUGCGGGGAGAAAAGGAACUGUGCCUACCAGAGGUACUCUCUUGUCAGCAAUUUCCAUUUCUAUUCUUUAUGGGACACUAGCAACUAAAAGCAACAAAUAAUCUGAUAUAGGUCCCUGUAUAGUCAUCCUUCAAUUCAGUAGCAAUAUUUUCUGGUCACUACUAACCUGUAUUGUAUUAAAAUGAGACUAUUGGAAGGAAAUGGUGCUAGAACUAAUAACAUCUCUUACCAACCUUUACCCAACUCCUGGGUUGGCAAACAGCUGGCCAAAUUGCCAUCACCUCCCACUUGGAAGCGUAUGGCUGAUAGCAUGAAAUAACUGAGCCCAGAUGUUCCUUUUGCAUCCUCCGAAUCCCAAGGCUGGGUGUAGGUAGCUGUAGGAGGCCAUUGCUACAGGGCACCUAUCUGUUAUUGCUGCCAUCCUCCCAGCAGCUAUCUCCAGUUCUAGUUCCUUGGUUGCCGGACACAAUGGGGGAUGUUCUGCACCCAGUGGACUUCAAAAGAGUUUUGAAGACUAAUUUUUUGUAAAGCAAGUACUUGAGAUUUUGGUUUAUCCAUAGUAGAAUGUAUCUCAUUAGAUUCUCUGAUUCUAUGUAAGAAUGUGAAAAGAUUGAUAUAUUGUUGUUAGAAAUAUUGUUAUUUCUUUCCAAUUUUGUUUUUGUUUUUGUUUUUGUUUUUGAGAUGGGGUCUUGCUGUGUCAUCCAGGCUGGAGUGCAGUGAUGCAAUCUCCACUCACUGUAGCCUCUAACUCCCAGGUUCAAGCUAUUCUCCUUCCUCAGCCUCCCCAGUAGCUGGAUUACAGGCAUACACCACCACGCCUGGCUAUGUUUUGUGUUUUUAGUAGAGAUGAGGUUUUACCGUGUUGGCCAGGCUGGUCUCAAACUCCUGACCUCAAGUGAUCCACCCACUUCGGCUUCCUAAAGCACUGGGAUUACAGGUGUGAGCCACUGUGCCCGGCACAUUUUUUUACCUCUACGGAAGGUUUUGCUUAUUUAAUUGUGAGCUCAUUUUUCUUUGUUACUACGUGAUUGUUCCAGAUUUGGGAGACAAAAUAAAAUUAAUCUUUUCAAAUGUGUCAGCCAUUGUAUGGGGCUUCCAUUUGGGGUGAUGAGAAAGUUCUGGAACUAGAUAGUGGUCAUGGUUAUACAACAGCAUAAAUGCAAUUACUGCCACUGAAUUGUAUAUUUUAAAGUGGUUAAAAUGGUAAGUUUUAUGUUUUAUUACAGUUUUUAAAAUGUGUCAACCAACUUUAUGGUACAUAAAUUAUAUCUCAGUAAAGCUGUUAAAUAAAUAAAUAUAGUAAAAAUUUUAGAACUAAAAAAA